UGGAGUAAACGGAGCUUUAAAACGUUUUUUGUGGAGGUUUGCAAGGUGCUCUUAAACCCAGACUGACCUCACUGCAAUGGGGAGGGGAGAGUUUGGGAGAAAUAAAAGCUUUAAAAUUAAUUGAAUUGAGUUCAUGUUGUUGAUGCGUUGCCUGCAGGGAGCGGAUCCCUCCUGUCUCUCCAGGGAUGCAAAAGGGGGGGGGGGUCCCUCCCGGGGCUGGAUCUGCCCCCUCCUCCCGGGCCAAGAUUCCCCGCGUGGAUCCGGAAAGGAGCUUUGUGGAAACUGCUUUAGAAGGUUUCUCUGCGGUCAAGCAGACCACGAGGCUUCUGAGCAUGCGCAUCCCGCAAGUGUAUUUGGGGAAAAAAAAAAGAUCACUGCUGUAAUCUCUAAUCUUCUGGGACUUCUGGUGGCACCGCAGGCACCGAGGACACUCUUCCCUUGAGCGCCAGCCCCACGAUCUUGUAAAGCUGCUAGAACAGCGCAAAUCAGCUGUCUAGCGGCUUGAAAACUUUCUCCUGGGAAAAGGGGAGGAAGAGAGCAGACGGGCGUAGGUAGAGCUCCCCAAGUAGCCCCAGGAACAAUUCUGGGGCUUGAAGGGUGAGAGCUCCCUGGAAGCCCGACAGAGCUCCGGAUCCGGGAUGUUUCUGCUUCAAGCAGAAGAAGACGCCGCGACCACCCCUGCAAACAACGCUAGAAUAAACAUCAUUCAGAAGCAGGCUGAGCAAACUCAGGAGAGAUGAGAUCUGCAAAUCGGCGCUGGAUCCCUCGGGAGAGGCUUCUGGAUCCUUCUCGGGGAAGCCGGAAAACAACUGUGACCCAAGAUUUACCUUCAAGACAAUUAACAAGAGAUAGUAGAAAUUCAGCCCAAGGCAGCAGCCGAGGGAAAGCAUGAAGCGUGGGAAUCUCUUGGAUCCCCCAUCAGACACAAGCAGCCCUCCAAGAACCCCCAAAAGAACCCAUGAAUGCUCAGAGUGUGGGAAAUCCUUUGCUCGCAAGUCCCUCCUUUUGACCCACAGGAAGCUCCAUGUGGGAAGUGGAUCCAGUCAAUGUUUUGAGAUCUCCAAAGAUCUCAGAAGCUCCCCUCGACUAAAACCCUAUAAAUGUGAGGAAUGUGACUUAUGCUUUGGUCAAAAGUCAGGACUUCUUACACAUCAGAAAAUCCACACUGGAGAGAAACCUUAUCAAUGUCUGGAAUAUGGGAAGAGAUUUCCUCAGAAUUCAAAUCUUUGGUUACAUGAGAAGAUCCAUGCUGGAAUAAAAUCUUACAAAUGCUUUGAGUGUGGAAAAUGUUUCACCCAGAGUUCAGGUCUUUGGAGUCAUGAGAAAACACACAGAGGGGAGAAAAACGAAAAGUGCCUCGAAUGUGGGAAAUGUUUUUCCAAUAAAUCAAAUCUGGUGCGACAUCAGAGACUUCACACUGGAGAGAGACCCUAUGAAUGCCCAGAAUGUGAGAAACAAUUCAUGUAUUCUUAUGAACUUCAGAGACACCAGGAAUGGCACAAAGGGGACCUACCCUAUAAAUGUGGGAAGUGUGGGAAAAGUUUUAUUUCGCCAGCCCAUGUUCAGAUACAUCAGAGAAUCCACACAGGGGAGAAACCCUAUAAAUGUGGGGAGUGUGGGAAAUGCUUUUCCCAAAAAAGCCAACUUCGAAGCCAUCAAAGGGUCCAUACAGGAGAGAAGCCAUACAGAUGCAUAGAAUGUGGAAAAUAUUUUAGACACAGGGCAAGUCUUUUGAUACAUCAUAAAACCCACACAGGGGAGAAGCCACAGCAAUGCAACGACUGUGGAAGAUUUUAUAGUACCACAUCAGCCCUUGGAAGUCAUGUGAAAAUUCACACAGGGGAAAAAAACUACAAAUGUUUAGACUGUGGGAGAUCAUUUGCUCAUUCAUCUUCCCUUAGAAGUCACAGCCGAAUCCAUACAGGAGAGAAGCCCCAUAAAUGCUUAGAGUGUGAUAAGAGUUUUUCACGGAAAGAUACUCUUGUGAUGCAUCAGCGAAUCCACACUGGAGAGAAACCUUAUAAAUGUCUGGAGUGUGGGAAAUGUUUUGCUCAAAAGUCAGGACUUCUUACACAUCAGAAAAUCCACACUGGAGAGAAACCUUAUCAAUGUCUGGAAUGUGGGAAAUUUUUCCGUGAAAAAAGCACUCUCAGAAACCACGAGAGAAUCCACACAGGGGAGAAGCCAUUCAAAUGUGUGGAAUGCGGGAAAUGCUUUUCCCAAAAAAAAAAACUUGGAAUCCAUCAGAGGGUCCAUACAGGAGUGAAGCCAUACACAUGCAUAGAAUGUGGGAAAUCUUUUGCUUAUACAGGAGGACUUCGGAGACAUCAGAAAAUCCACACUGGAGAGAAACCUUAUCAAUGUCUGGAAUGUGGGAAAUUUUUCCAUGAAAAAACCACUCUCAGAAACCACGAGAGAAUUCAUACAGGGGAGAAACCUUACAAGUGUUGGGAAUGUGGGAAGAGCUUUUCUCACAACUCAAGUCUUUGGUUCCAUGAGAAGAUCCAUGUUGGAAUAAAAUCUUACAAAUGCUUUGAGUGUGGAAAAUGUUUCACCCAGAAUUCAGGUCUUUGGAGUCAUAAGAAAACACACAGAGGGGAGAAAAACGAAAAGUGCCUCGAAUGUGGGAAAUGUUUUAUCUUGAAAUCAAAUCUGGUGCGACAUCAGAGACGUCACACUGGAGGGAGACCCUAUGAAUGCCCAGAAUGUGAGAAACAAUUCAUGUAUUCUUAUGCACUUCAGAGACACCAGGAAUGGCACAAAGGGGACCUACCCUAUAAAUGCAGGGAGUGUGGGAAAAGUUUUAUUUCGCCAGCCCAUGUUCAGAUACAUCAGAGAAUCCACACAGGGGAGAAACCUUACAAAUGUGGGGAGUGUGGGAAAUGCUUUUCCCAAAAAAGCCAACUUCGAAGGCAUCAAAGGGUCCAUACAGGAGAGAAGCCAUACAGAUGCAUAGAAUGUGGAAAAUAUUUUAGACACAGGGCAAGCCUUUCGAUGCAUCAUAAAACCCACACAGGGGAGAAGCCACAGCAAUGCAACGACUGUGGAAGAUUUUUUCGUACCUCAUCAGCCCUUAGAAAUCAUGUGAAAAUUCACACGGGGGAAAAAAACUACAAAUGUUUAGACUGUGGGAGAUCAUUUGCUCAUUCAUCUUCCCUUAGAAGUCACAGCCGAAUCCAUACAGGAGAGAAGCCCCACAAAUGCUUAGAGUGCGAUAAGUGUUUUUCACGGAAAGAUACUCUUGUGAUACAUCAGCGAAUCCACACUGGAGAGAAACCUUAUAAAUGUCUGGAGUGUGGGAAAUGUUUUGCCCAACUUUCAGGACUUCGCACGCACACCCGAACUCACACAGGAAAAUAGCCUUACAAAUGCACAGAGCGCGAGAAACCUUUUCCUAGUAAAUCAAAGAUAAAAAGGGACCAAAAAGUCCAUAGCAGAGAUAAAUCUUUUCAGCUGUGAACAAUAUCGGGAACACAUUUUUUCAACACAAUGUUUACAGUGACAGAAGGGAAAUCCUACAAUUAUUUGGUGUGGGAGAAAUGUUUCUCCUACGGAAGCAAAGUAACCUCAAAUCCCAUCAGAGAGUACACAAUGAGGCAAAAUGUUGGGAGUGUGAGAAUAUUUUGCUCGCAAAGCCGCAUUAGUAAUUUACUGGAUUACACACAAGAGUUAUAAAUACAGUAUAUGGGGAGUAGAUAAAUGUUUUUCAGUGUACAGGAACUCCUUGACUUAUGACCACAACCUGGAAGGGAAUUCUGGUCAUAAGUUCCUUCAGUUGUAAGUCAGGGAACCAGGUAUUUUUCUUAAUUUUUAUUAGAUUAUGUUGAUCAAUGAGAAGUGGAAAAUUUAGAGAGGAAAAAAUAGGGAUAAAGGGUGGAAUGAAUCUGGCUGUGUAUUUAGUGAUAAAGUUUUGUUGUUGAAUCUGCUGGUUGAGGAUGAAGAGGGAAAAAGGGAUUCCCCCCCUUUUUUUUCAUUGUCUUUUUCAUAUAUUCCCACAGAGAUAUUUGUAUUAAUUUUCUUUCUGUGCAUAUAAUCCUGAAUAAAAGUAUAUUGCUCAAAAUAA